UAUAGCAUAGUCGGCGAUUUGCCAUUAACUUUGUCACUUUUAUAUAACGUCAAAGACCUCGCCAUAACAUAUUGGCUUGUUGGGAGCAGUUGGAGAAGCCUAGAUAUCACUCUUUAAUUAGAGUUUUUACGCGAUAUGGAAUCAUCCCUGGAGUUUUCAAACUCUUUCACCAGUGUGUCUUCGCCCUCCGCGCGGUGUCGGAUCUUCAAGAUCAUCGUGAUCGGAGACUCCGGUGUCGGUAAGACCUGUCUCACCUACCGGUUCUGUGCCGGUGAGUUCCUCGACCGAACCGAAGCCACCAUCGGUGUCGAUUUCCGUGAGAGAUUGGUCGAGGUCGAAGGCGAGAAAAUCAAACUCCAGCUAUGGGACACGGCGGGUCAGGAGCGUUUCAGGAAGUCUAUGGUCCAGCAGUACUAUCGGAAUGUUCAUGCUGUUCUCUUCAUCUAUGAUGUCACCAGACCAGACAGCUUCAGAGGCCUGCCAGCCUGGAUAGAGGAGUGUAGACGGUACUCACUGGGACAGGAGAUAACCAGGUUCCUCGUGGGUAACAAGAGCGACCUCCGUGACACCUGCAGCUGUGACCCCAGCUCCAUCAAUGUCGAAGGUCAGGUGACACGGGAUCAGGCCCAGAAGUUUGCAGCGGCCCACGGGAUGAUUCUGUUUGAAACGUCUGCUAAAAGCCCCCCUGGAGAAGGAGAACCAGGAGGGGGGCAUCAGGACCGCGUGGAGGACGUGUUCAUGGCCCUGGCCUCCAGGCUGAAGAGACAGACCAGACCCCCUCCCCCGCUUCUCAACAACACAGGAGUGUCUGGGUCCUAUUGUGGGUCGUAUUGUGGGUCCUAUACAGGGACAGCUUCAUUCAGACUGCCAGCCAAGAAGAACCCUCAUAAAGACUUCUGGACAUGCACCUGUUGAGGGAGGCAGGGUGAGAAGAGGGAUGGAAUAUGGGAUGGAAGGAGGGGGGGGGGGGUGGGAACAGGGGAAUUUAGGGUGCCCACCAGGAACUCAGAGAAAGACUUCUGGACAUACACCUGUUGAGAGGGAGGGAGAAAGAACAGGGAGAGAGGGGGAGAAGAGGGGAGAGAGGGGGAAGUCCUCUCUGAUCAA